UCCGAUAUAUUUGUUCGUGAGCGGAAAAAUCUGCCUUUACCGGCUACAUCCCUAAUUUGUGUGUGCAUUAACUUAAGCAACUUUGUCAUCUCGACAGUUCUUGACAUGUUUAUGUGAUUUUAUAUCAGUCAUAAUUAUCCUGCGCUAAAAAUUUUCAGAGCUCUUAAUUUACAUGGAAAGGCGGAUGUUGAAAUAAUCGUUCCGAUUUCGGAUAGUACGAUAUUCGGACGAACAGCGUCAGAGUUAUGUGAAUAAAGAUGGUGUUCAGCGCAGUAGAUCGAUACUUGAGUGUGACCUCUGUCAGUUGGCUGGGCUGGUACAAGCGCAAGAAGCUAGAGGAGGCCACACGAGAUGUCAAGAAAGCUCAGCAUGAAACGCUCAUGCAACGGAUACAAGAAAAUGCUGACACUGAAUAUGGCAAGAGGUUCAAAUUUGAUCAGAUCAAAGAUCGCAAUGACUUUGUCAAGCAUCAUCCAUUGACAAGGUAUAGCCAUUAUGAGCCAUAUGUUGAGAGAAUGAUGAAAGGGGAAACAAACAUUCUUACCAAAGAUCAGCCGGUCAUCUUUGCCGUCACCUCUGGCACCUCAGGAAAAAGCGCCAUCAUUCCAAUGAUCAAAAAGCAACGGGAUACGUUCUUCACUCAAGGAAUAAGCAUUGUAUACGACUGUAUGAGGCAAGCCUUCCCAAAACAGAGUAGCUCACAGAAAGAUAUGAAGUUCUUCUACACGCCACAAAUGCGAAUGGCUGAUUGUGGAAUUCCAAUUGGUCCCAACUCUUCGUCUCCAGCCAACUCGAAGCGUAUCUUGAGCAUGUAUUCAACUCCGAAGGCAGGGUAUGAAAUCAUAACUGAGCCCGAGGCUAUGUAUGUGCACUUGUUGUUUGGCCUGAAAGACAAGAACCUGGGAAUAGUGGAGGCUAACUUUGCAUCUUUGGUCUAUGCUGCAUGCAGGUCAAUGGAUGAGAAUUGGGACUUAUUAGUAAAGGACAUUGAGUCAGGUAAAGUCAGUGAAACGCUGAAAAUUGAGGAUAAUAUUAGGAAAGAAUUGAACCGGUCAAUGUCACCUGAUCCUAAACGGGCUGAGGAACUACGAAGUGCAAAAAUGAACGGAAUGAUGGGACUGGCAAAAAGAGUCUGGCCAAAGCUCAACUUUGUCAUGACGGCAGAUUCAGGGACGUUUGAAAUGUAUGGUCACCGCUUGAGAGAUCUACAUUUCAAAGAUGUACCAUUGUAUUCACCACUCUACGCCGCCUCUGAGGGGCUUUUGGGCAUCAAUAUUUGGCCCCUGGAGAGACCAAGUCGCUAUCUACUCGCUCCAUAUUCCAUGUUCUUUGAGUUCAUUCCCGUGGAGACGGCUGAGGAGGAAAAUCCAGCUACUUUGUUUAUGGAUCAGGUGGAGGUGGACAAGACGUAUGAGCUGGUGAUCACCAACCCUAGCGGCCUCUAUCGCUACAGGUUCGGGGAUGUUGUAACGGUCGUAGGACAUCACAACACAUGCCCUGUCAUCGAAUUCCAGUACAGACAAGGCCAGUUUCUGAAUGUGCGAGCAGAGAAGACCAGCGAGAACACAUUCUACCAUGCUUUGAGUGCUUCCCUACGUAGAUCUGGUGUCAAGAUGGUGGACUACUGUUGUGCAGAGAGCGUCAUAGUGGAUCAGAUUGAGUCUGGCAAGAGUAGCUCCACACCAUGCUACCAUGUGUUUGUGGAACUGGAGAAAGGGGAGACAACUAACAUACAGAUCCCAAUUGAUGAGGAAUUGAAAAGCAUAUCAUACGUUUACGCGUCGUUCCGUCGUAAAGGAAGCAUAAGUCCAAUCAAGGUGUACAUCGUAAGACCGGGAACUUUUACAGAGCUGCGUACCUACAUGAUCGAGAACACGACUGGCUCACCCAAUCAGUACAAAGUUCCACGAGUCCUUCGUAAACCAGACGCCGUAAAGUUUCUCAUGGAUAGAGUGGACAGUUGCCUAUUGUGAGGGAGUGUACGGUCGAGGUGCUUUAAUUGAUUAUGCUUGAAGCAGUUGAAGGCUUUCACAAAAGCAGGGGUCCUGUUUUAUCAAGGAUCUUGCGACAUAUUUUUGCUAUGACUGACUUUUUUUACUGACAAAAAAUUAUUUGUUUAACAUUUAUGAUAAGUAUGAUUCUAUCUAUAAUAUUAAAAGCACUGUGAAAGAUGGAAGACAAUAAAUAAAAAGCUGAAGUACCGGUAUACUAAUGAUUAUGGAUAGCGCUUAGGGAUUUCACCUUUUGAAACAUAGUAUCCUAACUUAAAAGUAUUAUACACGAAGGACCUUGAAUUUGAAUGUUUGAUAAAAUUGAAAAGGUAUGAUUUUAUACCUUAUAGCAAUCAAUCGUCUUUAUAUAUGUGUUCGGUCAAUUAAUUCUAGGGUGUUGAAAGAAUAGGGCAGAUGUUUGUGCACAUACAUGUUUGUUGUUAUAGCCUUGCACCAUCUCUUAUGUUUUACCUAGUUGAUAUCGAAGUCAUUGUGAUGUAAAACUUAUUAAUAAGUCUUUUGGACAGUGUUAUCAAAUAUCUGACAUUGAUUGAUGUGGGCGUUGAGCAUAUAAAAUGCAAGGCUAGUGUGAAAUAGAGAUAAGUUUAUAAAGCGGGGCAAAGGAAACCUUAUAAGCAACAAACUACUCUAUCUUAUCAUGUUUGAAUUUUUUUUGUUUAUUUUGAAAAUAUGCUUAUGAAUAUGACUGAAAAGAAUUAUGAAAACAAUCAUAUCAAAGCAUGAACAGAAACGAACAAAAAGAAAUCACUGUUCUGUGCAAAUACGCACAACACAAUGUAUUAUUUCGCCCAUGCAUUUGUGGUAAUGGCAAAAAUGAUAAUCCUUUUUGUGCUGUGAUUUUGUUUAAAUUAGGAUAACUAUAUUAAGUGUUACCGUUUUGGCUGGUCCAACCUUUGGAUGCAUUUCUUUCUUAUGACUGGUCUGAAUGGCAUUUAAUUGGGCUAUCAAGAAACACAGCUUUAGCUUAAAAUAUUUCAUCUGAUGAGAAAUUAAUAUGUGAUGUAUGUGGUCUUUGAAACCUAAAUUCUGAGAUUCGUUUAAAAUAUGGACUUAAAGAUUUUGUUGGUGUAAUAAAUUAAAAUGUAUUUGAUAUGCAUUUUGUUAGGUUGUUUUUUAUAAUAAAAUGUCUUUAAAUUA